AUGGGUCGGCCUCCGAGUAAUGGCGGUCCGGCGUUCCGAUUUAACCUGCCUGAGGUAACGGAGAUGGAAGCAAUAUUGCUUCAGCAUAACACAGCAAUGCCAGGUCGACAUAUUCUUGAAGCUCUUGCUGAUAAGUUUAGUGAAUCAGUGGAGCGGAAGGGGAAAGUUGUCGUCCAAUUCAAACAAAUCUGGAACUGGUUCCAGAAUAGGCGAUAUGCUCUAAGAGCUAGGGGAAACAAAGCUCCUGGGAAGCUAAAUGUAUCUUCCAUGCCUCGAGCUGUGGAUCCAACAAAUCAGAUGAGAAAUGUGCUUCAACCAUUAGCCGUUGGUCCUAAAGCCACUCACAUGUCUGGACAUUUACCUGCCAUGACGCCUGUCCCUUCCGUUCCCGGUGUGAUGAGGAGUGGUUCAGACAACUCUUACUUGGAAUUUGAAGCCAAGUCAGGCAGGGAUGGUGCAUGGUAUGAUGUGCAAGCUUUCCUAGCUCAUAGAAACUUGGAGAUUGGUGAUCCGGAAGUGCAGGUUCGAUUUGCGGGUUUUGAAGUUGAAGAAGACGAAUGGAUAAACGUGAAGAAGCACGUACGACAACGCUCACUCCCAUGUGAAGCAUCAGAGUGUGUUGCAGUUCUUGCUGGAGAUCUCGUUCUUUGUUUCCAGGAAGGCAAAGAUCAAGCUCUUUACUUUGACGCCAUUGUUCUUGACGCACAAAGAAGAAGACACGAUGUCAGAGGUUGUCGUUGUAGGUUCUUGGUGCGUUACAGCCACGACCAGUCCGAGGAGAUCGUUCCCCUGAGGAAGAUUUGCCGGCGGCCCGAGACAGAUUACAGGCUACAGCAACUUCACAGCGCUGCCAACGACUUCGCUAACUCGAAUCAGCUUCAGAAACCCGCUCCAGAUGCUGCAAAAACCCUUCCUUCACAAGCUAGCUCCUCAGUGCCCAUUGUUGCACCCGAGCUGAAAGAUCCGAGCUUGAACGCCAGCGCCUGCGCCACUCCAGCUACUUUGGUUCAGCCUAGCUCCAAUGCAGCCACUGUGCCCGCUGGUUCUGUGUAG